ACAAGAAGAAGAAGAACAGUAGAUAGAGAAGUAAUAUAUUCUGAGCUUUCUCGUUCUUUAGUUCAGAUUUUGGAGUGUUAUUUUAUAAUAUGUGAUGGCUGUCUGUUUCUGCAAGGGCGUUGCAAACAGGAUUGUCACUUCUUAUUUAGUGAAAGACUGAGAGCUGACAACUAUUAGAAUGGCAGUUGAAGUGGACUUGGUUGAAUAUCUCAGUGACCUACUGGCCAGUGGUGACACAAGAGGUGUGAAGACGUUUAUCAAUGAAGACACAUUUGAGAGUGUGCUGAAAGAGAGAGCAAAUGAUGUAAUUCCGAUUGCGUCUUACUACAUCAAUCAAGCGGCAAUGCAAGAUAACCCGGCAGUGUUCCGUUACUCAGAAAAAAUUCUUCAAAAAUGUGCAGAAAUCGGUAACCCCAAAGAGUGCUUGAUGGAAUACCUCGCUCAGGUCGAGAGUCUGGACGUGAUCAAGUUUAAAAUUUUAUUGAAACCCAUUCAAACCACUGUGCUUCGAAUUCCCAACAGGAAAAGUCCAUUGAUGCAAUGUGUGUUCAAUGUGGUUUAUACUUUUAUAAAUUCUUUGCCUCUGCCCCAAUUCCAAAAUUUAGAUGAGAAGUCAAAGUUGUUGUUGGACUGUGAUGACAACGUUCAGCGAAUAAGAGAUGUGUACUGUCUCAUUGUGCAAUUUUAUGAACCAUUUGUGAAUGAAAUCAGUGACAAUCAAAAUAUAGAUAAAAGGGUGAAAAUGGUGCUACUUCAAGCUCUCUUACAUCUGCUGGGUAAUCCACUCAUUCAUGUUGACUUGGAAUACAAUGAGAGAAGUUCGAGUAAGUUAAGUGUACUAGCAUCUAAAAUUGUUGCCUUCAUCCUGAAGUUAAAAAGUGACCCGUUGGCAUUUCUGGCAUUAGUGGAAAAUAAUGAGUUGAUCAAUGUUGAUGAAGAAAGAGUUUUGAUUAAAGAGUUUUCAUCUAAUGAGAUCAAAUUUUCUGAUUUGUCACUGUCCUCUUUUUUCUAUCUUGUUUUUUGUGAAAAUAUGUGUAAAUCUUUUCCUCAUGUGUAUGAUAAAUUGUAUGUGUACCAAAACGGUCUGAAAUUGGCUAAAACUCUUCUUCAGUACAAGGAAACUUUGGUACUUCAUAAAGGUUUACUGUUGACUCAAGCGAUUUUGGAAACUGUAGAAAUAGGCAGUGUGAAAUUCUCUUAUUUGAAUUCUAGGACACACAAGGAAAUAAUAGAACUGUUAUCAAAUAUUGCUGUGUACCAUGAAAUCAAAGAGAAUAGAAAGCUGUCAGCAGAGUUGAUCAAAAAGCAUUUCUUUACUUUUGAUCCAAAGGGUCAGUUUUACAUCUUGUUGAACGUCAGUAAAAGUGUCCAACACCCGAACCUGGUUGGGCUUUUCACUACACUAGUAACCGAUUCAGUUAGGAACACUUUCAUUGAUAAAGAACUAAAGAUUUAUUUUACAGGAAAAAGAUUGUUUGACUUGUUGCGGAUUUUCUGUCUUUUGAGUAAAGGAGCAGAAACAGAUCUUGUGGAGAACAAAGAUCAAAUUCUCUCUGCUCUGAAUUUAAUCAUUUUCUUGACCAGACGAGAUCGUGAUAACUCAACUGGAGUAUGGAGUUAUGUAACGGACAUCUUGAAAAUUUUCCUCGAUCCGUUACGAGAAGCCAUCGAUCUGUCCAGAGCUCACUAUAAAUUGCAGUUAGAGUCAUUAGAUGAUCCGUUGAAGACAGAAGAUGGAGCAGAAUUAUCUGUGACCGUUGGCAAUCAAGUGUUGGACCAGAUGUCUAAGGAGGAUAAACAAACUGUACUGAACUCUGGUCUCACUGUGUUUGAUCUAAUGGAACAUUUACUGUGUCGAGCAAACGAGUGUAUCGAAGACAGACCUCAGCUUUAAUGUUGUAUGAUGUUUUGUGUGUUUCAUAAGUUAAAAAUGUUUUUUGUACAGCAUAUUUUCUCAUAUUUCCAAUAAAAUUUGUAAACAUUGUAUUAGAGUUA